UCUCAUUUCGUCGAGAUACCUCAACUUAUACAUUCAGUUUGUGAUAAACUCUCGCGCGAAGAACAUUGGACUCCUUGGAGGAGAUAAAAGUGCACCUGUGAUUGCUACAUAAUAUGGAUUUACAGUGAAGAAGUUAAUCAUUAAUUUAAAUUAAAUCUUUAAAAAAAUUAAGAGCUGAAAAUUUUUCUGGAAGAAUUUUGAAUUGAUUCAAUUGAUAAAUUCGUUAUAAUCAUGAUGGUUAAAAAGUUAUUACUUAUUGUUAUAUUUAUUUACACGGAUAUUCCAUCAUUUUCGUGUGAAAUGAAAAAAUCAUGGGUUCAUACAACUGAAAAUCAUCCUCUGAAUUUUACAAUGACUACACCAGCUACUACUUCAACUACUAUUUCAACUACCUCUACAACUACCGCUCAAACUACCACCCAAUCAUCUAUCGAAACUAUUAACUCAACUACCGCAAAAACGGAGGAAGUUCACAUGGAAAGAAGUUUCAAUACCUCAGUACCAAUUAAAUCCGAAAGAACGCAAAAUGCUGUAAAAUUCGAUAAAAAUAUGACAAAGCUUGACGAUAAAAUUAGCAAAGUGGAGGGAACGGUUGCAGGAUUCAAAAGGAAUAAGUACAAAAGCACCUACGUGGGUAAUAUCACGAAACCAGAGACAAUUAAAGUGAAUUCAAAGUUAGGAAAAUCUGGUAAAUCAAAAUCUAAGAAACACCAACACAGAUAUUUAACAUUUGACGGUGAAAUGCCACGCUAUAGCCUAGGGCCAGGGGUGAAAAUAAGCAUCGAUAUGCCGCGUGAGAUUGUUAAUGUAAACCUCGACGAGGACUACUUGAGAGAUAUUUUUGCAGGCCGUGGAAAGCGUCUGCAGUUGAUUGCCAAAAUCAUCCCUCUUUUCAUUCUACCCUUCCUCGUACAAUCCGCCAUUCUACCCUUCAUGGUGUCCACACUUAAGCUACUUCUCAUAAAAUCCAUCGUUGUGGGCAAAAUUGCCAUUCUUUUGCUCAUUCUGUCAGCAUUUAAGAACUAUCAUCGGCAACAUGCUGCAUUGGAGGUGCCUUACUAUAAUCUCGUUGAGCCACCAAGCCGAAGGUCCGAGCAACCAUUCUAUGGAUACAAAGUGGACGGACAAACAGGGUGGGUGAAUUAAAUUGAAGAAAAGAAAAUAACAUUGUAAAUAGGAGAUUCCUCUAAAUGCUGCAUUAUUAUAGAUAUAAAAAAAACUAUUGUAAUACAUAAGACGAAAAAAUGUACUCUUAAAAGCAUCAAUAAAGUGUUCAUGUCGCUGUUC